ACAGUUUGAGAAACUGUGACUUCAGGUAAAAAGAGUCAUCACCACUAACGGCCAAGCAGACCCUCACGACAUUUUAAGUAAAUCUGCAGGAAGCCAACAGUGACAUGCAUUUCCUCUCCCAGGGCCCCCUAUAAAACUGUCACACUCGUCUCAGCUGUUACAGCUGCAGACAAGCAGUUCUAGACGAGAGGCGUCACAUCUGACACUGAGGAUCUUUAGGCAAACACAUCUCUUUGGAUUGCCAGCUCAUCAGGAGAAGAGAGGAGUACAGCUCUACCUUAACAGACAGCAAGACAAGUGGAUUAUUCAGUGAUUCUGCUGAACCACGGUUCAUUGGUUAGAGCACCAAUGCAUGGUCCGAUGGGUCGGAACACUGUGAUCAAGACAUUCAGGACCUUUUUUUCUCUUCUGUGACGUGCUCUUAACAUCACCGGGAAGUCACGUCGCAGGACACGGUUUUGAUAAAAUACACACUCAUCUUUUGAUCCGAGUCUAGAAUCUUUUCUAGAGAUCAGUUAGACAUCUUAUCUUUGACCUCUCUGUUUUAGUAAGAGAGCUUGUGAUACAAAGACCCUUUCGAAAGGACUACAAAAAGAAAGAAAGGCCAUCUCAGCGGUGUAUGCGUCUGUACCUGUGGAUAUGCUCUAGAGACUUAGAUUCGGAUAAAAAGUGAAAAUCCCUUAAGUGUUCCAGCAUCAUGGAUCUCAGUCUACUCCAAGCUGUGGAGAGAGAGAAAGUUCUGGAAGUUCUCCAGCGAGAUAAAGUCUUGCGCUGUCUGGAUGAGGAUAGAAUAAGGCGACUGAGGCUGGAGCUUCAGGAGUUGCGGCGGCGUGGGGCCAAGAGUUUCUCCCGGCAGUACAGCGAGCGGACAUGCGCACGCUGUCAGAGACCCCUCGGAAAGCUCUGGAAUUGUGGCGCCGUGUGUCGAGGCUGCAGCCACCGCAUCUGCAGCAAGUGCCGGGUCUGCAUGAGCCCCCACGAGUGGAAGUGUACUGUCUGCCAUGCCCACAGGCAAGUUAAGAUCAAAUCUGGUGAAUGGUUCAUGGAGGAGCGAGCAAGGAAGUUUCCCAGAGAAGCAGACAAACGUGAGAGCAUCGGAGAAAUACUACUUAGAUCCUACCAAAGGCUAAGUAAUAUUUCAAUUGUCCCACCCACCCCUCCACCGUGCGUGUCCUCACCACCGUUUAGCAGAUUACCGGACUGGACAAACUCUAAAGGAAGCCCAAAACCAUUCACGAAAUCCAUGGAAAAUCUGAUGAUGUCGUUCACAACCCACAUCAAAAAAAUCUCCAAGUCUCAAGAAGAUGUUAGGGCAGAGCCAGCCCUGCUUACUGUGGAAUACGACCAAAGACACAACACAGACCGGAAAAGCAAAUCAGAGACUGCCAUCAAUAAAUCUGCCAGUCUAACCAAAGUAGCGAGCCUGUCCAACCUUUUUAACAGGAGUAAGGAGCAGGAGAGGAGAAGGUCAUCCUCACCUCUCUGUACUGAUGAGGAUUCAUCACAGAGUUCAGGCUACUCUGGAGAGAAGAGGGGCAGCAUCAGUAGCACCGGUACAGACUGCGGCCUGGUCGAGAGCUCCAGUGUGACGGGGGAGUUGGAGCUGGCUCUGGCCUACAGCUUUAGCUCCUCCUGCCUGGAGGUGGUCGUGGGAGCCUGUCGGAACCUCACCCAUGGAGACGCCAAGAAGAAAAAGUGCCACCCCUAUGUGAAGGUCUACCUGCUGCCCGACAAAUCACAGAGCACUAAGAUGAAGACAGCCGUCAUGAAGAACACAACAGAGCCUGUCUUCCAGGAGACCUUACAGCAGGCCUCGGUGUGGCACGCGGAGACCCUCAGACGGAAGGUCCUCCUGGGAGAGGUUCUCAUUCCCCUGGACAGGUGGAGUUUUGAAGACCCCAGCACGCAAGGGCUGAUGUGGUACCCUCUCUGUCCCAAGACUGAACGGCCAGUAGGGGUCGAUAUGGAACAAGUUAUUGGAGAGCUGAUUCUAAGAGUCAAGUUCUCAUCUCUCACCCAGAUCUGCAAGAUGAACAGCACUGGCAUUGGCCCCUUUGAAGUUGGGCAGCUCACUGUUCUCAUCAUCGGUGUUCAGAACCUGUCCAGUUCAAAACCCUGGUCCUCGUUUAUCAAGGGUUGUCUGGUCCUGCCAGGGCAGCGGGAGCUGGUGCAGAGGACCCCGGUGGUGAAGCGGAGCUCGAGCCUGGAGUGGGCGCACCAGCUGCUCUUCAGCAGGGUCACGGCCCACGAGCUGCACGACGCCUCGCUGGUGCUGGGCCUCUGGGAGCACGCGCCCUUCAGUGUCACCGACCGGCUACUGGGGACGGCCACACUACACGCUGGGGAAGGUGAGCACUGUUUGAGCUGGUUGAAUCACGGUGCUCUCAUAGUGCACUGGCCAUUGGACAGUGUGGACAGACAGACAUAUUUGGAAAGAGGAAGGACCUGGUUUUGGUUGUCCUGGCAACCUUUACAACAGACACCGAAUGUGUGGCACAACGUCAGCCUACCCCUGCGUGCCAAUGUAAACAACAGGAAACCAUGACAACCUACAGUAGCACAGAAACAAGAGAAAUGAGAGUGAGACGUUUCUCUCUGUUGCUCUUGUGCACAAAGUAUUAUCUAAUGGAUACCCCCCCCCCUCCAAUGCACACACACAUUCCACACAUUAUUUAUAAAUCAACAUUUUUACGUUCACAUUAUAUAUAAGUCAUGAAUAUACUGUGCAAAAGAUGCUACAGAAUUGGAUAUGAAAAUUAAUUGAACAAAGUUGAUUUGAUGUUUGUCUGUGCCAGGAAUACACAAACCAAGUGACUCAUGAACAAUUAAAUAGACAUGACUGUUCCAUUUAUCAGCACAUGUAUAAUAGACACCAUUUGCAUGCGUCAGCCUGUUUAGUCAUUUUUGUUAUGUAUUUUUAUUUAUUUAUUAACUUAUGGACUUGUUUUUAUAUGUAACAAUUAAAUAUACAAAUAAAUCCAGAUUUGUUUUUUUUUUUAAACAAAGGCCUUUGAGAAUU